CGAGUCAUUUCUUCUGUCCUUCGAAACCAACCACCAAUAGCGUAGCUAUGGAGUCCAUCGUCGUCGCGGUCGAGCAAACCGACCGAACUCCUCUCCUCCAAUGUCCCGCCACCACCAACUCCUCCUCCGCUCCCCUCGCUGACGGUGGCGAUGAGAUCAGCCCAUCGCCUUCGCCUUCCCCCAACUGCGCCGCCGACCUUUCCGCCAAUUCCAGUCAGCGGAGGCUCGCCUCUCUGGACGUAUUCCGCGGAUUCACCGUCGCGCUGAUGAUUCUCGUGGACGAUGCCGGCGGGGCGUUUCCUUCGAUCAAUCAUGCGCCAUGGUUCGGAGUCACUCUGGCAGAUUUUGUCAUGCCCUUCUUUCUCUUCGGCGUUGGCAUUUCGGUCGCUUUGGUCUUUAAGAGAACUCCAAGCAAGGUGGUUGCCACGAAGAAGGUUCUGUUGAGGACGACUAAUCUAUUCCUCUUGGGUUUACUGCUGCAGGGUGGAUACUUCCAUGGCCGUAAUAAUUUGACAUAUGGAGUCGAUUUAGAUCGAAUACGCUGGUUUGGCAUAUUGCAGAGGAUAUCUAUUGCAUAUCUCUUGGCAGCAUUAUGUGAGGUCUGGCUUGUUAACAACGUUUGUGUGGAUUCCACAGUGUCAUAUGUGAAGAAAUAUUACAUAGAAUGGAUCGUUGCGAUACUACUGUCUGCCACUUAUGUUAGUUUGCUUUUGGGUCUUUAUGUCCCAAGCUGGGAGUUUGAAGCUCCAGGAAACAAUUCCACUCUACCAAUUCCCUUUUAUGUUCAAUGUGGAGUGAGGGGUAGUUUUGACCCUCCUUGCAAUGUUGUUGGUUUGAUUGAUCGACAAUUUCUUGGACAAAGUCACCUUUAUCAUAAUCCAGUAUAUAAAAGGACAAAGGAGUGCAGUGUUAAUUCUCCUGAUUACGGACCACUCCCAGAAAACUCACCCAAUUGGUGCCUUGCUCCAUUUGAUCCUGAGGGUCUGUUAAGUUCACUGAUGGCUGCUGUAACAUGUUUUGCUGGAUUGCAUUUUGGUCAUCUCAUAGUUCAUCUUAAGAGCCAUGCUCAAAGAAUGCUGCUGUGGACCAGCACAUCAAUUUUACUAGUGAUCUGUGGUUUUUUGGUGCAGUUAAUAGGCAUGCCUUUUAGCAAGCCAUUAUACACAUUGAGCUACAUGUUCUUGACCACAGGAGUUUCGGGCUUCCUUUUUAUUCUGAUGUACUUCAUUGUUGAUGUUCAGAAGUUCAAAAGACCUUUUAUUUUGUUUCAGUGGAUGGGAAUGAAUGCACUUAUAGUUUAUAUUUUAGCCGCCUCUGAACUGUUUCCAGCGUUCGUUCAAGGGUUCUAUUGGCAUUCACCUGAAAACAACCUGGUAAAUCUGACAGAGUCGAUGUUCCAAACCAUCUUCCAGUCCAAGAGAUGGGGGACUUUGGCGUUUGUUUUACUGGAGAUUUUAUUUUGGUGUCUUGCUGCUGGCUUUCUCCAUAUGAGAGGCAUUUACAUCAAAUUGUAGUCCUAAACUUAAGCCUUCUUUUCUAAGUUCCAGACCAUCUGUAAACACGUACCAAAGGUCGAAUCUAUUGUAUCCAUAAAGAAAUACAUUUGUUAUUGAUUCAAUAGCUUUGUCCUCA